UAUGAACUUCGUUACUUUCUUCCUCCUUGCUGUUUUAGCUGUUGCUGCUUUGGCCGCUCCACAAAGAGUUAUUGAGAAGACUACUGUUAUCCGUGGAGGGGGUGGAGGAUUCGGUGGUGGAGGAUUCGGACGUCCAGCACCAUUCCGCCCACCACCACCAAGAUUUGGACCAUCAUUCGGUCGCCCACAAACAACUAUUGUCAAACAAACCAUCAUCCGCGGUUGAACACGUCUAUGGAUAUAACCUAAAUAUUAUCUGAAUAAUUGCAAUUUUAACAGCCAGAUAAAUGUUUUCUGAC